AGGUGUUUGACUUCUUAAGUGGAUUUUAUAGAGAAGUUGGAGACUUUUAGAGCUACUUUGGAGUUUGUUUCACUACCUUUCUGGCAUGACAAAGGUGUGAGUGAGAGGAGUGGGACGUCAGAGUGGAGGGAGGAGCUGCAGGCCUCUCCAUGUAUGGACUCUAACUCUGUUCAUAUGGUAAAUAGAAGGUCACAUGGGGCAAUAGUCUUGGAGCAGUGGAGGAAAAAGGGAGGGAAAGGAACAAGGGGAGAGAGAGAGAUAAACUGAAGGACUUCGGCCUGCCUCAUGUGCAGGAGGCGGCACUUUCACCCUGAGUUUAGAGGACACUGGAUUACACUACCAAUAGGAGACAAAAGAUCUCAAGUGUCAUGUUGUGGUUAAACUGAAGCUUUAUCUGCUUCACCAGAGGCCUUAUUGGGCUUUAACAUUUUCAUUUCGCUUCCUUUUGGAUACUUUUUGUGUUACUCUCCGCUGUGAGAGUGAAAGCCCAGCGUCAUCCCUCAUCUUCCGGGUAACAGAAGGAACCAAGAUGCCUACAAACUUCACCGUUGUGCCCGUGGAGGAUGUGGAGGACGGCGGCGGCGGCAGCGGGGCGACAGCUGCAGGGAACAAACCUGUCAGUCUGGAUAGAAUCUUCACAAACGCAGAGGAUGAAAACCACCUCCAAGAACCUCCCUCAGGAGAUGACAAUCAGGGAGAGUCCAGUCCAUUUAUUAACUCCGACAAUGACAGAGAGCCAUAUUAUGAAGGCAAGAACAUGGCCCUGUUUGAGGAGGAAAUGGACAGCACCCCGAUGGUAUCGUCUCUUCUCAACAAGCUGGCCAACUACACCAACCUGACCCAGGGCGUCCGAGAGCACGAGGAGGCCGAGGAUGGAGUCAGGAGGGUUGCUGUCAUGGUCCCCCAGAUGGGAACAUUUAUCGGCGUUUACCUGCCCUGCAUGCAGAACAUUCUGGGCGUGAUUCUCUUUCUGCGUCUCACCUGGAUUGUCGGUACAGCGGGAAUCCUGGGGUCUUUCGCCAUCGUCUCCAUGUGCUGCAUUUGCACCUUACUCACAGCCAUAUCAAUGAGUGCCAUCGCAACCAACGGAGUCGUCCCAGCCGGUGGUGCGUACUACAUGAUCUCCAGAUCUUUGGGUCCAGAGUUUGGAGGAGCCGUGGGUCUGUGUUUAUACCUGGGAACCACCUUUGCUGGAUCACUGUACAUACUGGGCACCAUCGAGAUUCUGCUGAUAUACAUUGUUCCAUCAGCAACAGUGUUCGAAGCUGACACUAAAGAAGCAACGCUCAACAACAUGCGCAUCUACGGCACGUGCUGCUUGCUCCUGAUGGCCCUGGUAGUGUUUGUCGGUGUGAAGUAUGUGAACAAACUGGCUCUGGUGUUUCUGUCCUGUGUGGUUCUCUCCAUUAUGGCCACUUAUGCAGGAGUCAUCAAGACGCUCAUCGAGCCACCAGAUUUUAACGUCUGUCUGUUGGGGAAUCGCACCCUGAGGAACCACAAUUUUGAAACUUGUGCAAAGACGCAACUCAUAAAGAACCACACCGUCACCACAGAGCUGCGGAGCCUCUUCUGUAACAGUGAAUAUCCCAACGCAACCUGUGACGAAUACUACGAGCUCAACAACUUGACAGAGAUACGGGCCAUACCUGGGCUCCUGAGUGGAGUUAUCAAAAACAACUUGUGGGGUGAUUAUGGUCCAGCUGGUGUGGUGAUAGAGAAGAAGAACCAGUCUUCGGUACCAGCUCAGGUCCUGUCCGACAAAAAAAAUAAGAACUACGUCUAUAACGACAUCGCUACCUACUUCACUCUGCUAGUUGGGAUUUACUUCCCUUCUGUCACAGGUAUAAUGGCCGGUUCUAACAGGUCUGGUGAUCUCAGAGACGCCCAGAGGUCCAUCCCAAUAGGAACCAUUCUGGCUAUUCUCACCACCUCUUUCAUUUAUAUCUCCUGUGUGGUUCUGUUCGGAGCCUGUAUUGAAGGAGUGGUGCUGAGAGACAAGUUUGGUUUCUCAGUAAAGAAGAACCCAGUCAUCGGUAUUCUGGCCUGGCCGUCGCCGUGGGUGAUUGUGAUUGGCUCGUUUUUCUCCUGCUGUGGGGCAGGACUCCAGAGCCUCACUGGCGCCCCGAGGCUUCUUCAGGCCAUCGCUAGGGAUGGCAUCAUCCCAUUCUUACAGGUCUUUGGUCAUGGGAAGGCUAAUGGUGAACCCACCUGGGCUCUUUUGCUGACAGUUGGCAUCUGUGAGAUAGGAAUCCUCAUCGCUUCUCUGGAUGACGUGGCCCCCAUCCUCUCCAUGUUUUUCCUCAUGUGCUAUCUGUUCGUCAACCUGGCCUGUGCCGUUCAGACUUUGCUCCGAACCCCCAACUGGAGACCUCGAUUUAAGUUUUAUCACUGGACUCUGUCCUUCUUAGGGAUGAGUCUUUGUCUCUCCCUCAUGUUCAUGUCCUCCUGGUACUACGCCCUGGUUGCCGUGGUGAUCGCUGGCUGUAUCUACAAAUACAUUGAAUACAGAGGGGCAGUGAAGGAGUGGGGAGACGGGAUCCGAGGUCUGUCCUUGAAUGCAGCACGCUACGCCCUCAUUCGCCUGGAGGAAGCACCGCUGCAUACCAAAAACUGGAGGCCUCAGCUGUUGGUGUUGUGUAAGCUGGACUCAGACCUGCAAGUGAAACAUCCUCGUCUCCUGUCCUUCACCACGCAGCUCAAAGCAGGGAAGGGCCUGACCAUCGUCUGUUCAGUCCUGGAGGGAACCUACAUGACUCGGGGCAAUGAUGCCAAGACUGGAGAGCAGAGCUUGAAAGCCGCCAUGGCUGCAGAGCGGACCAAGGGCUUCUCCCAUGUGGUGGUGUCGUCCAACCUGCGAGACGGUUUCUCCAUUCUAAUCCAGUCAGCAGGUCUGGGAGGAAUGAAACACAACGCUGUGCUGAUGGCCUGGCCAGCCGGCUGGAAACAAGCCCGGGACUCCUCAGCGAGGAGGAACUUCAUAGAAACUGUGAGAGAGACGACGGCGGCCCACCAGGCUCUGCUGGUCGCCAAGAACAUCGACCAUUUCCCCGGAAACCAGGAGCGCCUGAAGGAGGGAACCAUUGACGUGUGGUGGAUCGUACACGAUGGCGGACUGCUCAUGCUGCUGCCCUUCUUACUCAGUCAGCACAAGGUGUGGAGGAAGUGCCAGAUGCGAAUCUUCACCGUGGCCCAGAUGGAUGACAACUCCAUCCAGAUGAAGAAAGAUCUCCAGAUGUUUCUCUACCAUCUGCGGCUGGAUGCAGUGGUGGAGGUGGUGGAGAUGCAUGACAGUGAUAUCUCAGCCUUCACCUACGAGAAGACGCUGGUGAUGGAGCAGAGGUCGCAGAUGCUGAAACAGAUGCAGCUGUCUCGCACUGAGAGGGAGAGAGAGAUUCAGAGCAUCACAGAUGUGUCGCGCGGCUCCAUAAAGAGGAAGAAGUGUUCAUGCGCUCCGCCGCUCUACACUCAGUGCAUUCCAGAGGAUGAGGCCCAGUUGAUUCACGACCGGAACACGGCGUCUCAUUCUUCAGCGAAUGACAAAGCCGUAGGUGCUGCACCAGAUCGUGUCCACAUGACCUGGACCAAAGAAAAACUGAUCAAUGAGAGGAACAAGCAACGAGAAAACAUGGCAGUCAAAGACAUGUUCAAUAUGAAACCCGAGUGGGAGAAUCUCAACCAGUCCAACGUGCGGAGGAUGCACACAGCUGUGAAGCUCAAUGAGGUGGUGGUCAAGAAAUCCCACAAUUCACAGCUGGUCCUGCUCAACAUGCCAGGCCCACCGAAGAACAAGAAAGGGGAUGAGAACUAUAUGGAGUUCCUGGAGGUGUUAAUGGAAGGCCUAGACCGCGUCCUGCUGGUUCGAGGAGGAGGUCGGGAGGUCAUUACUAUCUACUCUUAGCACCAAGAGGUUUCUGUUUGUUUGGAAGGUCUCUGGGAAGAAACCUGGUCCGACAGUGGGAGACCAAAAUGGACGAUCGAGGAGGAUGACAUGAUGUUAAUGUGGAAUAAACACAUGGGACUAAUUCCUCCUCCCAUACUUCAGGAGAAAAGCUGCUUAACAUUUUGGAGAACCAUGGCUGCUGUAAAGGACAGGGGACACUGCCUGCAGCACAGCCUGAGCUCGGUGUACUGUUUGGGGGUACACAUGGCUCUCUACGCCCCCCGUCCUCCUGGGGCUCCUUGACUUUUCCACAACUUUAAAAUGCAAGAUACCAGAGAUGUGCCGGCUUUGUGAGAAUCUUCUUUCCUCGUUUUACUCCGACAGAUGCGUCAUUUCAGUGUGACAUGUUAUAUUCCUUCUCUGGACACUUGAUGGAGGCAAGACACUCUACAGGUUGUUUCUGUGGCCGACAGUCCGAUCACUGGUUUCACUGAGGAAUGCAGCCAUAGAGGACAGUAUCUUUAUUUAUUUCAGUGCCAAUGAUGAAGCUUCUCAUUAACAUUUAACAAAGUUCUGGCUUUGGAAUGAUAGUACAGGUGGUAAAACAUGUUUUAAAGCCAAUAUAUUUUCCAGAAUAUCAUCUAAUCGAACCUUAUUGAUGACUACAGACAAAUGCGGCACUACUGCUUGUAAUCAAUAACUUAGAUGUUCUCGGCUACUGCUUCUCAAUUGUUUUUGUUGUCACAGAUACAUUAACGUACAAUAAGUAACACAGAAAAUCGAAUAGAUGAACUGCAACUCCUGUGGUUGUGCCAUUUUGCUAAAUGUUAAUCAGUGCAUUACUGUAUUGGACUCAUUUCAUAGAAAGCCAGCAGUAAACUGAACAACUGAACAAGUAGUUUUUUCAUUUAAUUUUGUUUUUUUAAGUGUAAUGUGUGAUAUGUUGUUUAUCAAAAAAGAAAUAUCAAUUAAAAAAAGGGUUUGUCGUUCUGUGUAGUACUGGA